CCCCUCCGCGUGGGAAGAUUCCAGCGCGUCGUCGGUUGGUUGCAGGUUGGUUGCAGAGCUCUUGGGACCGUCGCCCCGCACGACAUGCAGCCCACGGGCCUUGAGGGUUCCCGCGCGCUGGGCCGGGGGCCCCUCUCGAGUUCGCUGCUCCUGCUGCUUCUGCUGCUGCUUCAGCCCUCGGCCUACCCCCAGACCACUGAGGACACCUCCGGUGCCCAGACUGUGCCAGACACCGCCAGCGCCCAGACCGCUCAGACCGCCCCAGACACGCCAGGCGCUGACGGUGCCUCCGGCCUGCGAGAGCGUGCGCGGGCCUUGAUGCGAGACUUCCCGCUCGUGGAUGGCCACAAUGACCUGCCUCUGCUCCUGAGAGAACUUUACCAGAACAUACUUCAGGAUGUAAACCUGCACAAUUUCAGCCGUGGCCAGACCAGCCUGGAUAGACUCAGGGAUGGCCUUGUGGGCGCCCAGUUCUGGUCCGCCUACGUCCCAUGCCAAAACCAGGACAGGGAUGCUGUGCGCCUUGCCCUAGAGCAGAUCGACCUCAUCCGCCGCAUGUGUGCCUCUUAUUCUGAGUUGGAGCUUGUGACCUCAGCUGAAGGUCUGAACAGCACUAAGAAGCUGGCUUGCCUCAUUGGCGUAGAGGGGGGCCACGCCCUGGACAGCAGCCUUUCUGUACUGCGCAGUUUCUACCUGUUGGGAGUGCGCUACCUGGUGCUCACUCACACCUGCAGCACGCCCUGGGCAGAGAGUUCCACCAAACUCACAGAUCACUUCUACACCAACGUCAGUGGGUUGACAAGCUUUGGUGAGAAAGUGGUGGAAGAAAUGAACCGCUUGGGCAUGAUGAUAGACUUGUCCUAUGCCUCAGACACCCUAGUGAGGCGGACCCUGGAGGUGUCGCGGGCUCCUGUGAUCUUUUCCCACUCAGCUGCUAGGGCUGUGUGCAACAAUUUGCUGAAUGUUCCUGAUGAUAUCCUGCAGCUUCUGAAAAAGAAUGGUGGCAUAGUGAUGGUGACGCUGUCCAUGGGGGUGCUACAGUGCAAUCUGUUUGCUAAUGUGUCCACUGUGGCAGAUCACUUUGACCACAUCAGGAACGUCAUUGGGUCUGAGUUCAUUGGGAUUGGUGGAAAUUAUGAUGGUUCUGGAAGAUUCCCUCAGGGGCUGGAGGACGUGUCCACAUACCCAGUGCUGAUAGAAGAGUUGCUGAGUCGAGGCUGGAGUGAUGAAGAGCUUCAAGGCGUCCUUCGAGGAAACCUGUUGCGGGUCUUCGGACAAGUGGAGAAGGUGAGAGAGGAAAGCCGUGGGCAGAGCCCUGUGGAGGUCAAGUUUCCCAACAGACAGCUGAGCAACUCCUGCCACUCCCACCUCCCGCCUCAGCUUCACAAUAACCAGGCUACUCACCUGACCAAGGUGCCAGGUAACCAGGUUCUCCGGAAAUCUUCAAAAGCUUCCCCACACCCCAUUCCAAGCAUCGUGGCUAUUGCUGCCUCCCCAGUCCUCAUCCCCUGGCUCUGGUGAUAUGACCAGAGGUCACUGUGGCAAACUCCCACAAAUUCUUCCCUUCCGGUUGCAAAAAUAAAUAUUUGAAAC